AAGUCAGGGGGAAGCCAGGAGGUGAAGAAGAGGAAGACCAGAGGGAAGCCGACUGUAAGCUGGCAUGAAGGUCCCGGCGUUCCCCGUGGCUGUCGCUGCCAUGCUCUUGAUUCUGGCCCAGAACACCCAGUCCGUCUUCAUCAAGUAUGGAGACCACCAGGUGAGGCUGGAGUCUGUGAAGAAAUUGGAUGAACUCUUGGAGCAGUCUCAGGAUUUGAGUAUCCAAAUAAAAGCCCAGGGGGACCCGUCCUUCUUGUGCAACAACCCAGCACUGCCCUCCGACCUCCAGCCAGUCUGUGAGAAUCACCAAGCUGCCAACAUCUUCAGAGCCCUGAGAGACAUCGCCCAAGAUGACUGUGAAAUUUGUGUAAAUGUGGCCUGCACAGGCUGUUACUGAGACAGCGUCAGUCCUCCCCACUCCAGUGAAUCGCUGCUGAUUCUGCCUUUUCCCCAUCCUGACCUCCCUCCCUACUCCCACCCUACUUUACGUACAUAAAAGUACAAAUGUCUAAAGAUGGAGACCUCGGGGUCCACUUCAUGGGAAACAGGGGAAAGUGCUGCACUCCUGUCUUCUCUAAGCUAUGUCUGAUGAGGGAGGGGUAUUUCUCCAGAAGUGAUGUCUGAGGGCCCUACUAGGUCUGAUCAGGAAGUAUUAAAACUGAGCCGAGUUGAGUCCAGAUGCUAAAUUGAUACCUCAUCCCCAACACUAUCAGGAACCUGAAGCAAGGCCUGGAGGAAGCCAUAGGUGGAGAAGUCCAAGGCCAACCUCCAUGUGGGGCAGUAUAGCCCCUCAUGUUCCCAUACCACCACAGCCCAGAGGAAGAAAUAUCCUCAUGGUGAUAGAAGGGCCUCCAUCUCCAUCACCACCCCCAUUAUCAUCAGGACCAUCAUCAGCAUCCUUUAUGGGGAGUUCUCAUCAUUUGGAGCUGAACCUUGGACAAAGAAAUUUAAGCAGUCACAACUCCUGCCCUUGAUGAGUUUUCCUCAUGCAAUCUCAGGCAGACUUCCUGUCGAGCCCAAACUUUUGGAACCCUGCUAACCAGUGAAUAAAGAAUUUAUAAAUAUGCUGAGAAA